ACAAUGAAUCUAUUAUGGCUCAUACUCUUAUUUCUUCAUCAAGGAUAUACUUUGGUUCCAGUGGUCACAGUUGAACCUGGUCAAUCUGUGACUUUGACAUGUGCUUUCAGUAGGACAUAUCAGAGCAACACAUGGCUUUACUGGUACAAACAGAGUGCUGGAAAUACUCUCAAUUUAAUCUUAUUGCAGCAGAGAACUACAAGCCCCCAAUAUGGACGAGAUUUCUCUCCUUCAAAAUUCCAUUUAACACACUCUGCGGAAAGAAGCAAUCUCACAAUUUUCUCAACAGUUCAAGAAGAUGAGGGGAUGUAUCACUGUGCUCAAAUGGAUGCGCUUGAAUCUAUGUGGAGUGGGACUUAUUUAUCAAUAAAAGGAAGCGCUCGUAAAACAUCGACAUACGCUGUUGUUCAGCACUCAGCAGUCAACGAUCAUCCAGCAGACCCAGAGACUCUGCAGUGUUCACUUCUCUCUGACUCUGAGAACAAAACUUGUGCAGGAGAACCAACUGUGUUCUGGUUCAGAUCUACAUCAGAAACUUCUUUCCCUGAUAUUAUAUACAAGGAUGCAAAAAGAAGUUACAAUUGUGAGACUAGAUCUGACACUCAGAAGAGAUGUUUUUAUAACUUCUCUAAGAACAUUAACUCUUCUGAUUCUGGGACAUACCACUGUGCUGUGGCCACAUGUGGACAGAUACUAUUUGCUAAUGAAAUACAUAUUAAAAAAGAUAAAACAAAUCCAUUCAAUGUGAAUGUGGCUACAGUAGUCAUAAUAAUUUGUUUGGCCAUUUCUAUAAUCGGUAAUAUAGUGUUGAUCUGCUUUCGAACAAAAAACUCACAAGCUGAGCAAUUUAAAGAAUGCUCUUCCUCCAAGAGAAGAAACCACUUCAGCUCAAAAGUAAAUAACACUGAAGAUGGACCUGAUCUUAAUUAUGCUGCAUUGCAUUACUCAAGAGGGAGAACAUCACAAGAAAAUAAAAGAGAAUUUAUGACAGAAUGUGUGUAUUCACAAGUUCAAGGAUCAGUUUGAGCAAAUGUACUGUGGACUGAAAAAGAAUGUUAAUAGAAAAAGAUGAUGUGAUGGAAAAGUACUACCAAU